AUGGGAUCUCAGGAAGUGAACAGACGUGGAUGCCAAUGGAACCGAUGGGAGACCUGGGACCAAAAGAAUGAUGAUGAUGUUACAGCUGCUCCGUCCAGGGUAUUGCUUAUAGCCGAUCCUCAGAUUUUAGAUCACUAUUCAUACCCUGGAAGACCAUCGUGGAUUCGGUACUGGACCACUAAAUUGGGCGACAAUUAUCUUCAUCGGAACUAUGUGUAUCUACAAGACGUUUUGGAUGCGGGUACUACGAUCUUCUUGGGGGAUAAUUUUGAUGGUGGAAGAGAACAGCCGUCUGACACUGAUUGGCUCACUGAGUACCGUAGAUUUAUGGAUCUUUAUCCUCAAAAAGUUAACCGAAGAUAUUACACCAAUGUUCCCGGGAACCAUGACAUUGGGUUCCAGACCAUCAACAAGGCAUAUGCUCAACGAUUCGAUACGUUUUUCGGCGAUGCAAACCAAUUUGUUGAAAUCGGUAACCAUUCGUUCGUUUGGCUAGACACCAUUUCGCUUCUUCAUGAAGAUCCAGACAUCAAUGGUCGAGCAAAAGAGUUUCUUAAUGAGGUCAACAAUCUUCUAAAUCCUCAAUUCCCUCGCAUCUUGUUAUCUCAUGUUCCCUUGUUCCGAAACAACCAGAACCAAUUGUGUGGUCCCUUGAGAGAGUCGUCCAAAAAAUUCCCACUACAAAAAGGUUUACAAUAUCAAACGGUUAUUGACUACGAAGUUUCCCAGUUGGUUCUAGGCAAGCUACACCCCACUUUGGUGUUUGCUGGAGAUGAUCAUGAUUACUGUGAGAUUGAGCAAACGUUCAAGUACAAUGGGAAAUCGAUUUCAGCUAAAGAAAUCACCGUCAAGUCGGCGUCAAUGAAUAUGGGAAUUAAACGACCUGCAGUGCAGUUACUUUCAUUGAACAACCCAUAUAAUCCUAAUCCUAAGACUACAACUGAUGAUUUACUUUCCGAAACUUAUCAAACAGAAAUGUGUUAUUUGCCAGAUCCAUUCCAUACUAUUCAAUACGGGCUAUUGACAAAAGACCAGGACCUUUUUGAUUCGGAUGCGGUUACGGAAUAA